UCUUCCAAGGUAGUCAUGGCAUUGUUUUAGCGUCUAGUCAACGAUUCUGCUCUCUUUAAUCUCUCGAUAAGUGCAGAUGAUAGCGAUUGAUAAGUGAUAUUGCAAGAUUGAGGGGCGAGGGCUCAUGAGCUCAGUGGGAUCCAAGCCAUGGAGGUGAGAAACAGGAAACACAGGACCCUGGAGGCCAGGGGGAGCAAGGAGAUACGGGAGUUUGGGGCGAGGAAGGACGAGGAUGCAGGGGUGGAGAGCACUGAGGACACUAAGAUACCCCCGAACGGGGCGUCCCCCGCGCUCCCGCAGCCGCAGGAGUUCUCCCCCAAAAAAAUCGUCGUAAGUCUCGAGUUGGACGUGGUGGCGCUCGUCCUGCUGCUCACGGGAGUCCUCACAAGGCUGUACCGCCUGGAGGACCCCCGGAGCAUAGUCUUCGACGAGCUCCACUAUGGCAAGUACGUGGGCCUCUACAUGAAGCGCACCUUCUUCUUCGACUCGCACCCUCCCCUGGGCAAGCAGCUGAUCGCAGCAGUGGCCUACCUCUCGGGUUUCGACGGCGACUUCAAGUUCGACAGAAUCGGCAGCCCCUACGCAGACUCGGUGCCCCUAUUCGCCCUGCGGAUCGUCCCAGCCUUCUUCGGAAGCCUGAUCCUCCCCACAGUUUACCACUUGGCCCUUGAGCUCGGCAUGAGGCCCUGGAGUGCUGCAAUCGCAGGUCUCAUGCUCCUCCUGGACAACGCCUUCCUCACGCAGUCUCGCUUCGUCCUGAUGGAGAGCAUUCUCAUAGAGUUCUCCCUCUUCGGCCUCUUCUGUGCCCUCAAGUUCCGGAAAAUAAUGGACGACCCGAUGAGGCUCUCCUGGUGGCUCUGGCUGACCCUCUCCAUCUCCUCCCUGACCUGCGCCCUCUGCGUCAAGUACGUCGGCGUGUACUCCCUCAUCCUCGCCCUGGUGAUCGUCACCCAGGACUACUGGAGACUUCUCGCGAGGAGAACACUCUCCAAUGCGGCACUCUGGGCGCACCUCUUCGCGAGACUUCUCGUCGUCACUCUCGCCUUCUCCACGGUCUACUUGGGAGUCUUCUACGUCCACUUGUCGGUCCUCACGAGGGCUGGACCCCAUGACGCGGUGAUGACGUCGGCCUUCCAGGCCAGUCUCGAGGGGGGUCUGGCGAGUAUUACCAAGGGCCAGCCGUUGGAGGUGACGCAUGGCUCGCAGAUCACACUCAGACACACCUUCGGGAGGGCCUGCUGGCUCCACAGCCACAAUGCUGUCUAUCCUGUCAGAUAUCCCGACGGAAGAGGGAGUUCUCACCAGCAGCAAGUCACCUGUUACUCCUUCAAAGACGUCAACAACUGGUGGAUCGUCAAGAGACCAGACGUGACUGAUCUAGUCGUCACGAGGCCAAUUGUCCCACUGAAACAUGGAGACGUGGUGCAGCUGGUGCACGGCAUUACCUCCAGAGCCCUCAACUCUCAUGACGUCGCAGCCCCUAUGACCCCCCAGAGCCAGGAGGUCUCCUGCUACGUCGACUACAACGUCUCCAUGCCGGCGCAGAACCUCUGGAAGAUCGAAAUUGUCAACAAGGAUCAGUCUGGAGACGUGUGGUAUGCGAUUCAGAGUCAAGUGAGGCUGGUUCACGUGGGGACUGAGUACGCCCUGAAGUUCAGUGGCAGACAACUGCCGGAUUGGGGGUUCAAUCAGCACGAGGUGGUGGCCGAGAGGUUUGUCGAGCAGGAUGAUGCUGUCUGGAAUGUUGAGGAGCACAGAUACACAAAGAGUGAGGACCAGAAGCAGAGGGAGCGGGAGCUCCUGAACGCCGAGAUGAUACCCCUGACGGCGACAAAAUUGAGUUUUUGGCAGAAGUUCAUCGAGCUGCAGAUCAAGAUGCUGUUCGGGGGUCAGGAGAACCAGAACAGUCACAUGUACGCCAGUGGGCCGCUGGAGUGGCCCUUCAUGACGAGGGGAAUUGCGUACUGGGUGGCCACCGACAGCAACGCCCAGGUUCACCUCCUCGGGAAUGUCGUUGUCUGGUACUCUGGCACCUUCGCCGUCUCGGUUUACACUGUCAUCCUCCUGGGGUACCUCAUGAGACGACGAAGGCGUUGCUUUGAUAUUGGGGAGGACGAGUGGAACAGGUUCACUGGGUUUGGCCAGGUGCUUCUCACAGGAUAUCUUCUUCAUUAUCUUCCGUUCUUCUUCGUGGAGAGGACACUGUUCCUUCAUCAUUAUUUACACGCCUUCGUGUUUAAGGUCAUGCUCACUGCUGGGGUCAUUGAUCAUGGCUACUGUGUUGUCAGGGGAAAUUGUCGAGGGGUCGUUCUCUCGAUGGUUAGACUGAUUAUUGUUAUCUGGGUGGGGGGAAUUGUUUAUGUCUUCAGGAAGUUCUCGGUCCUGAGUUAUGGGAUGAGUCCACUCACUGCUAAGGAUGUCAUGAAGCUGAGAUGGAGUGACACGUGGGAUUUUAUUGUUCAUAAAACGUGAAGUGGGAGAAAUGGAGAGUUUUUAAUGAGUUGAGAACAAUUACGUCAGUUAAAUCAAUUUGGAGAGAUUUUUUUUUGGGUAAAAAAUAAAUUGAAAAAUUCAGGGAGUGGGGCAGGCAUUAACAUGACAUUGGGGGAAUUUUUAGUGGAUGGGGAUGAGUGUUUCACGAUGCAAGUGAUAAUUAUCGAUAUUAAAAUCUUUGGUAAGGGCACGAUUAGACGGUAGUGGAGUCCUGAGCCUGAGAAAGCUAAAAUAAUUUGACAAAAGGGUAGAUUAUAAUCGUUAGAACAAAAUGAUAGAAUUGAUAAAAUAAUUUAGGCAAGAUUUAGGGUUUUUCUAAUGUGCCCGGAACUUCUCAAUUUAUGGUAUCGUAAUGCAGAUGACAUUCAUCCCAUCCAUUACUGGAUUUAAUUGAAUAACUCCGUGUUCCAGAAAUAACAAGAACAUUGAUUAAAUUAAGAAUACGACUUUUUGAUAAAUUAUUUCAUUCUUCGCUUGCUUCUGGAUCAACUGACAAUUUGCAACGCAAAAAUCCUAAACAAUAAUAAUUAGAAAUUAAUUAAGUCAGAAGAGAGACAUCAGGCAGCUAAAAUAAUUUAACAAAACGUCACGUUCUUUCAAAAUUUAAUCAAUAUUUUUGUUAUUUUCCCAACAUCCACUGAAUUUUUGCAUUCAUUUCGUCGUAACUCCUAUUUCAUCAAUAAUUCAAUUGGUUUCACCAGUGUUAGAACAGUUAAAUUGAAUAACUCAAUGGUCCAGAAAUAACAAGAACAUUGAUUAAACUACGAGUGCGAAAUUUCGUUAAAUUAUUUCAUUCCUCGAUUGCCUCUCAAUUCAACUGACAAUUUGUAACACACAAAUCCUGAAUAACAAUGACUAGAAAUUAAUUAAGUCAGAAGAGAGACCUCAGGCAGCUAAAAUAAUUUAACAAAACGUCAUAUCUCUUCGAAAUUUAAUCAACAUUUUUGUUACUUCUCCAACAUCCACUGAAUUUUUGCAUUCAUUUGGUCGUAAUGGCGAUGAUCGCAGCCCUUAAACUCCCAUUCCAUCAGUAAUUCAAUGGGUUUUCAAUGUAAAAGAAAACCAAGUGUUCAUUUCACUUCAUACGUGAGUGAUAUUAACGAAUUAAGUGGCACACUGUUGUUAGCACUGGACAGUUUACAUGAGAUCCAUCUAUAUAUUUUUUAAUAACUCUUUUUACAUGAUUAAAAUCAUCUCAACUUUCACAUUAUAAUAUACAUAUCAUUGUACUAAUUAUCGCAUACAGUUCAGGUUCAGAUUGCGAAUUGCCUCGAAUUCUCAAUCUUUCGACUUGUGCAUUGGCCUUUUUCGUUAUUUCGGAUAGUUUUUUUCGUUUUUUUUAAACAGUGAUUUACAUAUGCACAAUUUUCUAUGUAGAUCAUGAGUUAAUCUAGGUUUUUCUUAUCGAUACACGAAUAUACAUGAACAUUGCCACUUCGUAUUAUGGGAUUUCAAUUCAGAAGAUAAAUGAAGAUAUAUAAUGUUGUAUUUUUGGAAAUCUAAGCAGCUGUUGAAGUCUCGAACGGUCGAUGUAUUUUUUUAAAUUAAUAUAAAAGAUGUUAUUGCGAGAAUCAAUGAUAUUUACUACUGAUUAACGAAUUUAAUAGUCUCCUCGAAUUCAUUUUUAAAUAAACAAUUUAGUUCUUUAUUUUCUUU